GAUGAAAAUUUAUCACGAAAUUUUUGUGUCAUGAGUCAAAAAUUUCAGGUUUCACAAUGGAAACACACUUGAAAUGCAUGAAAUAUUGUUAAAACUCUCAUGACACAAUAUUUCAUGAUAUAUUUGUUUCAUGAACAAGUUUCAACGUGUAUACAUGAUAUGCGUCGUGUUUCAUUUGAAAUAUUUGUGUCACUUGCUGCACGUGAGUUAUGGUGAUGUACUUGAAAUAAAAUUUGGUUGGCGCGGCGGUGUAUUUACAAUUUUUCGGGUCUGAUUAUUAUUUUUAUUAUUUUAUUGUGAAAAAUGGGUGAAGUUGUAAAUGAGAAAAAAAGAAAAGCGUGUAGUGUUAACUGGUCUCGACAAAUGACAUUCAAAUUAAUUGAAUUAUACGAAUCCCACUCGAAUUUAUGGGAUUGCUCAUUGGAGCAGUAUAAAAACCGAAAUGCUCGAAAAAACUCCAUUGAUACUAUUUCAGAAGUUAUGGGAAUAUCUGCUCAAGAGGUUAACGAUAAAAUUCAUAGCCUUCGAUGUCAAUUUCAAAGCAUAACUAGAAAAUGGAAAAAAACAAAAAGCGGCCAAGCUGCAGGCGAUAAUUUUGUUGUGAAAUGGGAGUUUUAUCAGGCAUUAAAAUUCAUAGACUUACCAACAAAUGGUAUGAAUGAAAACGCAAUUGAUUCAUUGAUUAAUGAACCCGAAGCUGUAACCGAAAAUUCAGAAAGUCGACACUCCCUUAUAGCUGAUGCAGAUCUAGACAACGCUUCAGCUUCAAACAUAUCAGAAAAUACAUCGCUGUCAAUGUCCGGUGAUGAAACACCAAGUUCAUCCAAAAAACAAACAUUAAAGAAAAAGAGAGAGCAAGAGCAACAAGCUGUACUUGACCGCUGCCUUGGCGUUAUGUCACACUCAGCCGACUCUUUUGAAAUAUUUGGGGAUUAUGUGGCAGACGAACUGCGAAGUAUGAGUUCAAAAGCUGCAGACCUGGAGUCAAGGGCCAAGCGAGAAAUACAGCGAAUUGUCUUAAAAAUGAACGAUGAUUACGACCUUAGAUUACAGACAAAUACAAAUACGUCAUUAGAGCAGAACAUGAACAAAGAAAACAUUAUUUAUGAGUCCCAAUCGCAGAACCAAAUUAUUCAUGUUGAGCCAGAACUUGCAAGAUCUGAUAACGAGCUUCAACAAUAUUACGAAAGCUUAUCGCCUACUUACUUCAAAAUGUAGAAUAAUACUUUAAUAAAAAUGUCUUAU